AUGGACCUCGCUCUCAAUGAUGUUCAUGUUCUUGUGACAGGUGCAAGUGGCGGGAUAGGUCUGGCAACAUGCCGUCUCUACUUGACUUACUCCAAAGUCGGACUGGAAGAGCAAGGAGCCAAGAUCACAGCUCACUACAAUACCACCUCCUCCACACUUGAUCCUUUGUUGGACGAGUACGGCCCAGCACGCGUUCACACCAUCCAGGCCAAUCUCGCCCAGGAGGAAGAUGUCAUCCGCAUGAUGAACGUCAAGACCGAGGGCUUUGGUGCGGUACAGGUGCUCGUCGUCAAUCAUGGCUAUUUCCCGCCGAACGAUGUGCCCGUGUCGCGCAUGACUCUCGCGCAAUGGAAUUCGACGCUGAACUCCAACCUCACGUCGUCGUUCUUGGUAGUCCGGGAGUAUCUGAGGCAUCUCGAAGAUGCGACUGCCGCGGAGAAGGACAAGGCUGCCAUCGUGAUGAUCGGGAGCGCAGCAGGGAAAUACGGCCCGUUUGGCCAUGCCGACUACUCGGCGACCAAGAGCGGGAUGAUGUAUGGGCUCGUUAUGACCCUCAAGAAAGAAAUCGUCAAGAUUGCGCCCAAGGGACGCGUGAACUGUAUCGCGCCUGGUUGGGUCAAGACGCCCAUGGCCGCGCACGCCCUUAAGAAUCCCGAGAUCCUUUACCCCUCGCUGGCUACCACGCCACUAAAGAAAGUGGCAACGCCCGAGGACGUUGCGACACAGAUCGUCUUCGUGUCAUCCACUGUCGUGUCUGGCCACGUUACUGGGGAAGUGAUCAUGGUGGACGGUGGUAUGGAAGGGUUCUUGGUGAACAGGCCCGAAGACAUUGUAUCGACACAAGCAAAGGCAAAGUUGUAA